CCAUUUUAUAUGGAAGUCAAAGCCAGUAAGAACCAAAGCUAUCGAUUUAUGCAUCCUGUCUUAAAAGUUAAAUACUGGCCAUUUCCUUUCCCAGCCCCUGUGUAUGUCUGUAUACACUUGCCUUUAUCAUCUUUCUAACCUUUAUGGUCAAUGCCUCUGAGAAUGAGGACUUUGCCCCUAUUUAUGCUAGGUGCGCAUUUUGUAUAACACAUAAACGCGACACCUGGCCAAAACGGUAAGCAUGGCAUGAAUUGGCUUGUUUCCCUGGCUUUGUGUACUUUCUCACCCGCAGUUCAUUUCUUUGGAAGCCAGAUUAUUUCAGUUCAGCUUCCAGAGAAGUCGACCAGGUAUAAGCUUCCAGGCAGGUCAGUCAUGAGACGGAUCAUACUUGGGAUUCUUCUGGCUGCUGGAGUGAUGUAUGUAAUACUACACUGCAACGUGUGGAGAACAAACAGCUAUUGGAUGCCCUCUACAGAUGUAGAAAGAAAAGCACAACUAAUGCCUUGCACUUUCAAACCCAGCACCUCAACUUUCACAAAGCAAGAAAACCCUUGCUUGCAGGCAUCUGCUGUCACAACCACCUGGAAGAUGAAAGAAUCAGAAAAGACUUCACUUUGGUACACAGCGGUUCCUCUUUGUUCUAAGUCUCAGUUGCGACAAGACUCAAAAAAGCAGCCUCAAAGAGUGUUCUUGCAGACAGGCAGUCUGGAUAUAGUCUACCCCUUUCUGUGCUCCCAUAAUUUUUUGGAUAUGUCUGAGCUGCAUGAAAGCUUCAACUUUGAACUACCUUAUGGAAUAAGGGGAGCAGAAAAAUUCUUUCAGAUGGCACUUUCAAGAUUGAAUAAAUGUGGUUUGUUUCCUGAAGAUGAAAGCAGUCCACCCUGUAAAAAAUGUGUGGUUGUUGGCAACGGAGGUGUCCUUCGAAACAAGAGUCUGGGGGAGACAAUUGAUUCCUAUGAUGUCGUAAUCAGAAUGAAUAACGGACCUGUUGUAGGCUAUGAACAAGAUGUUGGAAGGAAGACAACAUACCGGCUCUUCUAUCCAGAAUCUGUUUUUUCAGAUCCACUUCACUAUGACCCGAACACAACUGCAGUUCUUAUUGUCUUCAAGCCCUAUGACUUAAAAUGGCUUUGGGAUUUAUUAAGCGGGCAUCAUUUAAUUAAAAUUUCUGCCUUUUGGAAGAAACCAGCAUUACAGUUGAUUUAUAAACCCCACCAAAUCAGAAUCCUUGACCCUGCCAUUACAAGAAAAACUGCACAUGAUUUGCUUCAUUUGCCCACAAAGUUUGCCAAACACGAAAGACCCAAGCAUCCCACAACAGGGUUAAUAGCCAUUGCUUUUGCAUUCCAAAUAUGCAGCGAAGUUCACCUGGCAGGUUUCAAGUAUAACCUUCAUGAUCGAAACAGUUCUUUGCACUAUUAUGGUAGUGACACCAUGUCUCAGAUGAUUCAGAAUAUAUACCAUGAUAUUGCUGUGGAACAGCGGUUCUUGAAGGAACUCAUAGAUCAUAGAAUCUUGAUCAAUCUGACAGAAGAAUAAAACUGGAAGAACAAUAACUAUUUUCUGCAGUACUGGCUUUGGUGGUUUCUCUUUUUUAUUUUUGUUUUUGGAAAUAUUUAUCAUGAUUUGCCAAGAUAUUUAAGAAGAGGCAGAUUCAAGCCAGGCUGUGCAAACUCCCAAAUCUAGUGUAAACAGAGGAACAUUUCUCUGCUGACUGCUAAUUGGGUUUGAGCAAGCACCAAGCAACCACCACCAUUAACUGACACAUGUAAUGCAAGAAAUGUUCGUGGUGCACAAAAAUGACACUCUUUUUAAUACGAGAACAGGCUUUUGUUAGCCAGAUUCUUCUCUACCUCCUUGUUUUCUCUCCACAUAAAAGUUAGCACCUAGAUCUUCAGAAACAGAGUUUUGGAAGAUGAGAUGAAAGGGUCAUUGGUGGGGCCGUACAAAGCUCUCCAUUUCUCUGUCCAAAUUUAAACACGAGUGGAGAAAAAUGUUACAAAAAUUAAUGCACAGUGGGUGAGAGGGAAGUGUCUAUAGUUGAAUUCAGUUCUUGGAUGUGAGAAAUGCUAAAAAUCAUGUUUUAGUUAAUCUUUCAGACUUUGGCUUUAUCAACAAACCAAUGCAAACAGGGGUUAAGGAGAUGUAGAGGUGAAUGGGACAUUGGCAGUGAUUCACUCAUAAUGUUAUUGCUUGCUUUAUACUUAAUGUCAGUAAUAGUUGGUCUGAUGCUUCCUGACAGUCUGGGUCUUCUCAUGAGAAUGGUUAAAUAUUCAUAGAAAAGGAUGUUAAAAGUCUCCCCCCCUAAAAACAAAAACAAACAAACAAACAAAAACAGAACUACAGGUGAAUCUAAAGUAAUUGUUCUUUUCUGGAGGUCCUGUAUUUCAAAAUAGUAAAGCUCUACAUAAGUUGAUUUGCAUGUCCCAAGCUGUUUCAGUGGAUUGUUAGAACACAAAGUGGGAGGUCAUGGAUGGAUCCUGUUCUGAAUGUCUCUAGAAUGAUUUAUGUUUAUUCCAAACAAUCUGUAAUUCAGAAUUCUAUUGAAUCAUUGUGAGGGCUCAGUCAUAAUCCCCAUACCACGGUAUUACAAACAAUGUGGAAGCUAAGAAUUAAAGGGUUGCAUGACACCCCUUUAAUAUUGUUUUAUUAUUUUAGCCAUAAAGUUGAGGUGUGUGACUAUAAAGAAAAGGAAAAUUCUUCAAAUGAGGUGUUCUAGUGCUGACUUUGUUUUUGAGCUAUGCUCUGCAAGUCUCACCAAAAUCUAAUUGAAUGGGAAAAAAAUCCAUAUCAUAGGAUAUAUAUGUCACAGCUGGUCCCGCCAUUUGCCUGACAGUCUCAAAGCAGGGGAAAAGGAAGUGAGUAAAUUUUGACCUUCUUUGCCUGCUUAAUAUGAGUUCAGUUGCUUAAUGUGAGUCCCAACUGCUGUGUACUAUAAUAUGGUGCAUGACUUGCAGCAACAUGGCACAAAAGGUACUGAGAAGUGGGGAGCUUUACCUGUUGAUUUCUGUUUUUCUAUUUGUUAAACUUCUAAAAGUCCUCACCCAAAAAAAAAAAAAAAAGAGUUGGCAACAUUGUGGGUGGAUGGGUGGGUUAAAGCACAUCUCCAAUUUUGUUCUUGUUUUACCCUACUUAUGCUAGACAUAUCUAAAAGAGGAGGGACAACUUUUGACCUUCUAUGUGUUUAUAUCAAACAUCCCACCUUUUCUUAGCAGUCUUAUGACAGAUUUGCAACACAGGUUAAGACAGUGACUGACCUAUGGUACUUAGUGAAUGCUGUGAUCAAUCUGGAAUUUGGACCUAGGUCUUCUCAUCUCUAGCUAGCACUCUAACCUGGUAAUGCAAAACUUGCAGUCCUCCAGAUGUUGUUAAAAUAGAAGUUCCAACAGCCCUAGCCAGCAUAAUCAAUGGUGAAGGAUGCUAGGAGUUGCAAUCAAAAACAUCUGGAGGACAACAUGAUUCCUACCUCUGCUUUGAGCCCAAUACCAUACUGGCACUCUGUUGUUGGACUGCAUUCCUAUCACUUCAUUACCAAUAGUGAGGAAUGAUGGGAGUUGCGCUCCAAAAACAUCUAGAUGGCCACAGUUUGCUCAUCCCUAGUCUAGCUGUUUGCCAACUUCUAGCCAAUGACUCUUUCCUUCAGUGUGGAUAUAAAGUGAUAGUUUAAUAUUCAUCAGUGCAUUUGGGGCUGCUAUUAGAGACAGAAAGAGCCAGUAAAAGCAGGUGGGAAGCCAAGAGUUGAUUAGCAAUGUAGCUUUUCCAGGAGAAAAAAAAGUAGCACCCCAUAGAAAUCUAGAAUCCCUGCAGGGUUCUACUUAGAAAGGUUAAGUGAGCAAGAAAGGCCUGUGUUCCAUAUAUGUACACUGUUUUACUUCUUAAAAAUAUAACAAAUGUGAUUUCUGAAUUGUUUGGAAAAUAAUUGUGUAUUGCAGAUUGCUCCCAAAUCUAAAGCUGCUUCUGCCAGCCCUGUUUCACGCCCCUUUGUUCCUAAGGAAAAGUGUAUAUUCUCAAACUAUCUAAGCCAAAGAUCACAAUGAUUCUUCCCAAGGAAGAUUGAUCUGAGUUUCUGGAUUUUUUUUUGUUUCCGUUUUAACCAGUUUUCUAUAAUUAAGUAAAGCACUUUUUAUAAAGCCUUUAAUAUGUCUUAACCUGUCAUUUCCCCAGACAGUCUUCUAUAAACUACUUUUCUCUUUGCAAUUGCUGCAUACUUUUUAGGGGCCUUUGUCCACCCCUUCCCUUUUGUUUUGAUACAUAGCUGAUUGCUAUAGUUUGAGGUAGAUAAAUUGACAAUGGGUAAAUGUAAUGAUAGACUUAUAUGCCUUGUGGCAUUGAUACAUCUUAUUUGUUAAAAGAAAAAUCAUUGUAUACCACAAUACAAUUUAUGUAUGUUAGUCUGAUCCUACUUGACCCAAGAUACACAGCAUUGGGGAGGGGGUGUGGGAUAACCAAACUUGUAGUACAUGCACAUGACAUCCUCUAUGAGUGUGUGAAAUGACUUCAAAUGCACCUGAACUUUUCAUUUAAUUAUACCUGGCAUAGUCACUGCUGUCUAUAAAAAAGCAGAGAAAUAAAUGACCAUAUCUACUAUAUGGUCACCCUGUAGAUAUAUGAGGACCUGUAUCAUUCUAAAUUUACACUAAUACAUCUAAGAGAUGAUCUUUAUUUAGGACAGCUUGUUUUUGCUCACAUGUUGAUAAAUGGCUAUCAAUAUCUGUCUUAAAUUGUAGCAGUAUAAUCUAGCACUAUUUUAACAAGAUACUUUUCUUAUAAUCUAAAUAUUUUCAUACAGAAACCCUUUGGUUCUGCUGUGUCCCAAAUCAUGACUAAGGAUAAUGGGAUAAAUUAUACCAUUAUUGAAAGUGCUUUCAUGAUUCCUUAACUAGCUUUGUAAUUUAGGAGAAUAUCAAGGUAUGAGAAUGGAAAAAUAUACUUGCUCAGUUUUACACUCUUGAACACUUCUCAGUAUUCCGGGUCUUAUGCAUUAUAUCACUUCUUAGGGGGGAAAUGAAUUAGGAUAUUAACUUUGCCCUAAAUUACCUUUAAAUGUAUUUCUUUUGUAACCAACCUCCACUCCCAGACCUGCCUUAAUUUUCUUAACAUUUGAAAUGUAGUUGUUUUAUGUACAUUGGUGGGGAAGAAAAUUUGUAUCUUGAUAAGUGAGAAUAGUCAUUGCUUUUCAGAUUUGUUUUGAUGUCUGUGAAACCAAAAUUUCGAUAACCAUUAUUACUAUUUGUUUAAAGUGGAAUUUUAAUGUUGUGAAUAUAAAGAGAUUAUUUUUGUUAUAAUAAACUUGUUAAAAUGA